UCUGCUCGCUGAGCAACCACGUCGGCGGCUCCCCGGAUUCCUGCAGCCAGAACCAGCCAUGCUCAGCAGUCAGGCGCCUUUCUUCUUCCCCAUGGCCCACUUCAUCCUCUUUGUCUUCACGGCUUCCACCAUAUUUCACCUUCAGCAGCGGCUAUCGAAGAUUCGCCCCACAUGGGACUUUGAGACGCUGGUUUUGGAACACCCCACGAGCCAGCCGCCCAGGGGCAUGUGGACUGAGAUGCUGGUUUUGGCGAGGACGGAACACCCCACGAGCCAGCCACCCAGGGGCAUGUGGACGAUCAAUGCCAUCGGCCGCCUGGGGAACCAGAUGGGGGAGUACGCCACCCUGUACGCCCUGGCCAAGAUGAACGGGCGGCCGGCCUUCAUCCCGGCCGAGAUGCACAGCACGCUGGCCCCCAUCUUCCGAAUCAGCCUCCCGGUCCUGCACGGCGCCACGGCCAGCAGGGUCCCGUGGCGGAACUACCACCUGAACGACUGGAUGGAGGAGCGCUAUCGCCACAUCCCGGGGGAGUACGUGCGCCUCACCGGCUACCCCUGCUCCUGGACCUUCUACCACCACCUGCGAGACGAGAUCCUGCGGGAGUUCACCUUGCACGACCACGUGCGGGAGGACGCCCAGAAGUUUCUGCGGGGCCUGCAGGUGAAUGGGAGACAGCCGAGCACCUUCGUGGGGGUCCACGUGCGCCGGGGGGAUUACGUGCGUGUCAUGCCGCAGGUGUGGAAGGGCGUGGUCGCCGACCGGGGCUACCUAGAGCAGGCCCUGGACUGGUUCCGGGCCCGCUACCGCUCCCCAGUCUUCGUGAUCUCCAGCAACGGCAUGGCCUGGUGUCGGCAGAACAUCAACGCCUCCCGGGGGGACGUGGUGUUCGCCGGCAAUGGCAUAGAGAACUCCCCCUCCAAGGACUUCGCGCUGCUCACGCAGUGUAACCACACCGUCAUCACCGUGGGCACGUUCGGGAUCUGGGCCGCCUACCUGGCGGGCGGGGACACCGUCUACCUGGCCAAUUUCACCCUGCCCGGCUCCCCCUUCCACUGGAUCUUCAAGCCCCAAGCGGCCUUCCUGCCCGAGUGGGUGGGCAUCGCCGCUGACCUUGGGCAGGCCAGAGAGACUGGCUCCUAGCCCGGUGUGUCGCGUGUCCCUCCCUCGCCCUGGGGCCAACAGGCUUUGCCGCAGAGCUGCAGCACCUGUGUUUGCCUCCAGGCCGCGAUGCUUCCCAGCUGGGCCACCUCGGACAAGUGACUUAACCUCUCUGGGCCUUAGCGUGCCACCUGCAAAGUGGACCUAAUACAGAACUUACCUCUGCAGCUCCUGCAGCGAGUUUAUUUAGUGUCUUGGGAACCCGAACCCGAACAGGCACGUGGGUGGCGUAUCCUGAACUUUC